AUGGACAUCACAAUCAUCGGAUCAGGCGUUAUCGGCCUUUUCUCCGCCCUUGUUCUCACUGAUGCCGGCUACAAAGUGACCAUCAUCGCCCGCGAUAUGCCCGGCGACGAGAACCAGAACUGGGCGAGCCCUUGGGCUGGAGCGGCCAUCUACCUCCACCCCGACGCCGACGCAAGGGGCCAGUCCCUCCAAGCGGAGUCGUUCAGGUACUACUGGGCUCUUGCGCACACAGAUCCCACCAGCGGGGUGCAGGUCCGCAAAGCAACCGAAUACUACGACGACCGCAACGACGACUCAACAAUCUGGUACAAAAGUGUCGUGCCGGAAUACCGCCGCCUCCCGAAAAGCUCUCUUUAUCCAGGAUGCAAGGUCGGCUUCACGUAUCGCACUCUCGCCGUUAACCCGGGUGCGUUUCUACCCUGGAUGCAGCAGAAGCUGGAGGCGCGCGGGGUGCGUUUCAUCCGGAGGGAAAUUACAUCUAUUGCCGAUGCGAGGCGGAUUGCGCCGUGUGAUGUUGUUGUGCAUGCCUCUGGGCUUGGUGCGUCGUACCUCGCGAAUGACAAGGAUGUUGUGGCAGUCCGGGGACAGACGAUGUUCGUUGAGACGGAGUUUGAUGAGAUGGCUAUGGUCCAGGGGUCGCAUUAUACGUAUGUGAUUCCGCGGAUGUUUACCGGGGGUGCGAUUGUGGGCGGGGUGAGCCAAGAGGGGAAUUUGGAUACUGCGGUGGAUGAGAGGUUGAAGCCGGAUAUUGCGAGACGGGUGAGGAAGCUGGCGGGGGGGAGACUCGAUGAGAUUGACCCGAAUGGGAAGUCGACGAGGGAUAUCGUGGCGUUCCGGCCGGGGAGGAAGGGGGGGCAUCGACUUGAGGCUGAGGGGGAUGUCGUGCACGCGUAUGGGUUUGGGAGUCUGGGGUAUGUCUACAGUUAUGGGGCGGCGCUGGAGGUGCGAAGGCUGGUGGAAAUGGAGUCAGGUAUGCCCAGGAGUCGAUUGUGA